AUGUCACAAGACGACCCUCAAAACCCAGAAGUAUGCCCAAGCUUUGCUAAAAUACUGAAUUACUUAUCAUUUGAAUUCGAAGAUUUUCUACUCCAAAUCCAGCAUUUUGCUGAAGAACUUACAUUCUUGGUAUCUCUAGCUGAAAACGAUAUAGCAUUUUGUACAGAUAGUCAAGAUAUAAUUAAUCAAUCUAAAGCAACACUUGCAAAAGUUGACCAUUGCGAAGUAAAAACUUCUAAAAUACUUGAUAUAUUUUCUGUUCUCACAAGAGAAAUAGAUAAUCAAAUAGAAAAAUCUUUAAAACACAUAAAGAAUUGUCAAACUGAAAUUAGCCAGAUUUAUUUUUUUCUCAACGAUUUUAUAUCAGAAGAAUCUGCUAAUUUAAUUGGUGCUGUCAAGGAUAUGAUUUCAGAAACAAGAGUUAAUUUUGAUAAUUUUAAUUGAAAAGAAGACAUAUCGGCUGAAGAAAACUGCUAUUCGAAAAAAAUCCCUAAAAUAACUUUUUCUCAUUCGAUAAAUUCACAUGAAUGCAAAGUGCCACAGCAAUUAGGACAAAUACACUUGAAUCUUCAAAUGACAGAAGCUAAAAUAUAUAAAAAGAAUCCCAAUUUAAUAGCUGAAGUCUUUAAUUAUAAUGCUCAGAUUUUAGCGAAUGCAAAUAAUAUGCAAAAAGUGCUGCUUUAUUUAAAAAUAAUAUUAGAAAAUACAGAAAAGCACAUAAAAACUAUAAAUGAGCAAACUUAUUUGAAGCAUGAGGCAUAUAGCCACAAAGGUAAUAUAGCCCAGGAGUGAUUUUUGAUCGCCCUGGGCUAGGAUAAGGCUCAGAAACUCCCCGAGUUGGUUUUUCAACUCAAGUUGACAAACCAACUCGGGGAGUUUCUGAGCUUUAUUCUAGCCCAGGGCGAUCAAAAAUCGCUCCUGGGUUAUAUUCAUCCUUAUAUGAAAGAUAAAAUAUAUGAUGAAGACAAAUAUUCAUCAUUUCUUGCAGAAUUAACCGAAAACUAUAAUAGGUUCUCUGAAGAGCUUUCAAAGCUUAAUUCUUAUAUUCAGAAUUUUGGCAAUCAAUUUGGAAUCUCUCAGAUGUCAUUAAUUCCAGUAAAGGAUCUGCUCUCUUAUGCUAUUGGGAAAAGAAUAAAUAAAAUGGAACUCAGCUUGAGAGAGAAAUUAGCUUUGCUAAUUUCUCUCCCUAAUGGAAUUUUAUUUAUGGGUUUGGUUUUACAUGGCAUAGCAAUUUUUGUUUAACUUUUGUCGUAUAGGGCUAGAGAAGCCUCAGUGCAUUCAAGAAGCCUGUAUUUUUUACCACUCAGUACCCCUGGGAAAAGUGACCCUUAGCAAGAACGCCCAUAGUAGUUGAGUAUGGCAAAAGUGACGGCACGCGCCGGUGAGAAGUGGGGCUUUAGCUGGGGACAGAAAUGUCAAGGAAGGCUAUCCACAUGGUUUGCCAUUUUAAAUGGCAGGAUAUCUGUGACUUCACUAGCUGGGCAUGAUCCUUAUUAAAAUGGAGUGGCUCUGGCAUCUUAAACACCAAAUAUAUAAGUUAAGUUAAGUUAUUGGAAAAAGAACCAUUCUUGAUAAACUGAAAUUAAUAUAUAAUAACGCAAGUAAAAUCUCUGAUUUAAUGAGAAUUUUAUCCGAACAGAAUGAAAAUACUCAAGUCAUAAAAGGAAUUAUAAAAGAUUCAAAGUUAAAUCAACUUAGAGAUAGUGAUAGCCUUAAUGAUGAUAAUCUUCACAGAUUUAGCAUAUUAAGAAGGACUAGCACUAUAGUUUCACAGACUCUCCAUGGAAGAAUGCAUAACAAUAUUUUAUAUGCACUUUUUCACAUGAAAGCUUCAAUUUUAAAGAAAAUUCAAAUACACUCUUUAGUAGUUGAAUUGAGCAAUACCAGGACACAACUUGUAAUAAGCAUGAAAAAAUUCAUAAAAAAGAAAGGGAUUGACGCUAAGGCCUGAGAAAAAAAAUUAAAAAUUCUCACGAUUAAGAAGUUUAAUUUUGAUGGAAUAGAAAACAAAAUAAAGCAUUCUGAAGGGAUAAAUGUAGCUGGCUAUCACUCCUAUAAUUCAAGUUGGGACCUGCAAUGUAUAAAUGAAGAUGAGAGUCUUCAAAAGCCUUGCAAAAAUAAUUCAAUUGGAAGUCAAAGCCAUAGUUCUGAUAGUAUAUCGUCCUCAAGUAUAUAUGCGGAGAGCUUACUUUCUGAUACUGAAAACAAUAGAGAUAAAUCAUCAACCCAGCCUUUUGAUAAAAAUAAGAUGAAUUAUAAACCAUUAGGGAAAAACCAAAUUGACUCUGAGACUCUUGAUCAUCUUGUGAAUUUAUUAAAUAAAGAAGUAAAGAAGAUCCACUCUAAUGGAGUUGGUGGCUGAAAAAAACGGCUCAAAGAUUUAAAUAAUGUUGAGUCUAAAAACGAUUUUGUUCCAGCCACAAAGAUGCAUUUAUUGCAAAGAGUUUCUCAAGCUAAUCUAGUCAAGGAAAGGCCCUCAAAGCUAUUAUUGCUUUUAUUAACGUUUUAAUAUUUGAUAAGCAAACAUUGGAAUUUAUUUUUGCAAAUUAGUGCUUAGUCUUACUAAAAUUGAUCCGCUAUUCAAUAAAAGUAGUAUAACAAUGCGUAGGUCUACAACUCCAGAAAUCCCGCACUUUAUUCAACUUCAAGCCCAAUUCACUGCAAGAGAAUCAAUAGUUUCAACAACCCCUCAGCCAACUUGCUUACCACAUUUCCUUGAAGAAGAAACUUAUCUUAUCUUAAUAAUCUAUAGCACGCUUAACAUCCACUGCCAGGCUGCUGGUCCACAGUUACCCCCAAAAAAUCUCUGGAGAGAAUUUCGCGCCAUUUUCCUCAGAGCCGCCCAAAGAUGUGGCUACCUCGGACACUUUGUUAACCAGCUAGGAUGCCAAUCUUGAAGUUAGGGCUUCGAUAAACUUUGAACGAGAAACACCUAGCAGAAUUAGAAGAAUCACAAAACCAAAUAAACCACCUCCGCUAGUACUUAAGUUAAGUUAAAUGGUUAAAUUUACCAUAAGUGGGCAAGCCCAUUAGCCUUUGCCUCAUCUCGGGUCAAGAAUAACAGCGUCCAUUAACCUUGAGUUCAAAUAAGGAUGAUGGAAGACUGCCAUUUGUAGAGUGCCCCAAUAGUCUCGACAAAGGGAGACCAUGUGCUAGGCAAAACCUGUCUAGCCCAUUUGCCAGGGACAGAAAAAUCUUCGGGGGGGAAACAAAAUUUUCCUUUUUAGCGAGGCUUUCCGAAGACAUGAAGGUUCGCUUCAAAAGGGACAGAGGCCCUGAUUUCAGCUUCAUCAGGAUGGGUCAGACUUACUCCAUAGGGAGUGAUCUUGAAGUCCAAUUUUUAUUUUAUUUCUAUACUAGAACUUACUCCCCCCUCCGUGAGUGAACAAAACCAUUAGAAAAAUCCCUAUUUUUUUCCCCUCCGUGAGUGAACAAAAAUUUUUUUAAUAGAAAAAAUUUUUAUGGAAAAAAAUUUUUGAUAUAUAAAUGAUAAUUAUUAUAAUGAAAUCUAGAGCUAAUUCUGUUUAAUUUUGAACGAAUUGCUUUUUAAAACAUAAAUUUUAUAAAUUAAAUUAAUAUUUGCUUUCCAAUUUUUGCGAAUUAGAUUUUUUUUAAUUUCGAAAAAAAAAAAAUAUUUUUUAUAAAAUUUAUAUAUAAUUUUUUUUUUAAAAAAAAAAAUUAACCCCCCCUCAGUGAGUGAACAAAAUUUUUUUGUUCACUCAAGGAGGGGGGGGAGUUAGGAAUAAUAAAUUCUCUGCCCAAGAAGUCAUCAGGAAGAUUAAAAAAACUCUUUAUGGUGAAAAACUCUCUGCAGACAUAUUGGAAAAGAAAAAAAGUGAAGAAAACAAUUUAAAUCGCUGUUUUGAGACUCAAAAUAAGCCGAAUUCAAACAUGAAAAAAGGGAUGAGAUUUUAUAACUGUGCAGAUGCUUCAGUAAAGAGGAGGAUUCUUCAAAUUGAUAGAGAUAGGUCGCUUUCCCCAAUUGAUAAGCUGCAAACAAUGAGAGGUGAAUUUGAGCACAAUAAAACGAAAAGCCCAAUAUCACAGCGAAGGAAAAUUUCGCUCAUGAAAAUAAAGGGAAAAGACUCAUAUUUAAUGUCAAUGACUUAA